UCUCUUUCCCUCCCUCCUUCCAUGUCUCUCAAUAGCGGUCUAGUUCUCAACAAUACCCUAGGGUCAAUGAACACGAGUGUGGGACAGUAGCCGUGGUGGACACACCCCACUGGCCAGGUUGAAAAACGAGUCGUCCGCAAACAAGGCUAUUGAGUUCGCGAGUACCCCAGCGCGAGCGAGUAAAGUAAAGAGAGCUGAGAGAAGGAGAGAAAGUCGCUCUGCUCAGUUGUGAUCUGGCUAUGUACAGUGCAUCAUCCUACACUAUUUUACUACUGGAGGGACUCAGAAUAAAUUUCACUAGGCUACAGCGGUGGGUGUAACCGCUGAGAAGUGCACACGCACUUGAGAUCCGGGCCUGGAACGGGAUCGAGCGGUGUAGUAGCCUAAGCGAUACCUCAAAGAGGGUUUUUUUUCCUCCAACGAAACGGAAUCUAAUAUUAAUCGAACAAAGGCCCCCCAAAAAAAUACUAACUGGCAGGACGUUCUGUCAACGGACUCUUUCACCUCACGUGUUCCAAAAAGAGAAGAAGAAAAAAGGAAAAGAAAACGACUCAGGUGAACUGUGAACGGGAGCUGUAUCGGAUAAUUCAGGUUUUUCAGCUUUUGAGGAGAAGAAAGUGCUGGAAGCAAGGCUUUGAAGAUGUCUGGGACGUCUGAUUUAAAGCAUUCUGCAAAUGGCGUCCAUAGCAACGGACACGCACCGAAUGGUGACGUAAACGGUGGAACAUCUGAACGGAAAGUGUCGUGUCUGCAGAGAUUCAGCAACGUUAUCACUGGAGGACUGGAGAAGGGCUUUGAGAGGAUUGGACUGAGCAUCGGUACUCACCCUUGGCGCUAUAUCCUGGGUUGUGUGAUUGUCGCUGCUCUCACUGGCCUUGGCUUGUUGGCCUUUAAUGAGGUCAGUGACCCCGACAAGCUCUGGGUCCCCAAUGACGCCCAGGUGCUGAGAGAUAAAGACUGGAUAUCCGCCAACUACCCGUCCACUGUUGUGAGGGAGCAGAUUAUAGCUGUUGGACAAGGAAAUAACAUCCUGACUCCCAGCGGAAUAUCUGCCCUUCUCGACAUUUACCAGAACUCAACAACUAUAUCAACAAGCAAUGGGAUCACUCUCAGUGAUGUUUGUCUCAAGGCUGGGGCUAACUGUCUAGUGUACAGCGUGCUGGAGAUCUGGUCCUAUAAUGACGCAACAAUCCGCAGUUUGACUCAGGAUGAGAUUGUGGAUGCUGUCAAUAAUGUCAAUACUAGUGCCCUGUAUGGUUCCUCCUUUGACAUCACGACUUACCUUGGGUCGCGAACGACAAAUAGCUCUGGACAUAUCACUGCAGCAGCAGCUGCCUCCAUGGUGUGGCUGACAGAAGGAAAUGAAACUAUGGAAUCCACAACAGAAGCCUGGGAGGCCAAGUUCUUAGAGCUGGGCCAGGCUGGACACGCUGAUCUUGCCUCCACUUACGUGUUUGCUCGUCGAAGCUUCUCUGAUGAAUCUGGUGAUGCUAUCCAGGGUGACGUAAUGCUGCUCUCCAUUGGCUACUUUAUUGUCAUCAUCUUCGUCUUCCUAGUGCUGGGAAAGUUUAACCAGUUGGAGCAGCGAAUCUGGCUUUCUCUCGGAGGCUUCAUCUGUGUGGGUUUCUCUAUGUUAGUUUCCAUCGGGCUCUCUUCAGCCUUCCAGCAGGACUAUGGACCUCUUCAGAGUGUGCUUCCCUUCUUGCUGCUUGGCAUCGGUGUGGAUGACAUGUUUGUCAUCAUGGGUGCCCUGAACAACCUGCGGCCAGAUGAACAAGGAUACGAUAUUCCUCACAAAAUGGCCGACGUCUUACGCCAUGCCGGCGUCUCCAUCACAGUGACCUCCCUCACAGAUUUUGUUGCCUUUAUGAUUGGAGCUACUACUAUCAUCCCAGCCUUGCGGUCUUUCUGCAUUUACGCUGGUGUGGGCAUCAUCGCUCUGUAUGUGUUCCAAGCUCUCUUCUUCUCUGCCUGUCUCACUCUAGACUUGCGGCGCAUGGAAGCUGGCAGAAAUGCCUGCUGCUGUUGUGUGAAACAUGAUCUGCCUUAUGAGCCAAAUAAAUGCAGCCAAAAGCAGUUUCUUCCAUACGUAUUCAAACAGGGUUUAGCUAAACUCAUCACCAAGCUGCCUUUUAAGAUCUUUGUGGUGACUGUAGCUGCUGCAAUGUUUGGUGUAAAUGUCUGGGGCUUGGUGGAACUGGAGCAAUAUUUUAACCCAAACUGGUUUUUGCCGCAAGACUCAUAUGCGUACGCCUUCACUGAAGCCAGUGAGCAACACUUCCCAGAUGAUGGUGCCUCCGGCUUUGUUUACUGUGGCAAUUUGAACUACUGGAGCAGGCAGACAGAGGUGGAGACAAUGGACUCUGCCAUGGCAAACAGCAAGUGGAUCUACACUGGCACCACUGACUCCUGGUUUUCUGCCCUGACCACUUGGCUGGCCUCCACCAGUGACGCCACUGUCACACCAUUGCUGGAUGCCAAUAAAUACCCAGUGUCAGAAGAUGCUUUCAUCAAUUUGACCUACAAAAUGACAACUCAGAUACAACAGAGGACCAGCUCAUACCUCAAGUUUUCUUCUUCUACUGGCUCUGACAUCCUGGUCAGCCGCUUUCCUUUCCGUCAUAUUGAUAUGGACGACGCUAGCACAGAGAUCGAUGCCAUGGACAGCACAAGAGAAUUAGUCAUGGCUGCUGGUUUCUCAAAUGCUGAGUGUUUCCCGUACUCCCGCAGAUAUUUGACUUGGGAAACCAACAAGGUGAUUAGAGAGGAAUUGUACCGUAACUUGGCUUUGGCCCUGGCCUGUGUGUUCCUAGUCACCCUUAUCCUGAUUGCCAACCUGUGGACCAGUCUAAUGGUGUUUGCUGGAGUUCUGUUCACACUGGUGGAUGUGGCCGGCUCCAUGCACUUCUGGGGACUGACCGUUGACACAGUGACCAGCAUUAUCCUCAUCUUGUCCAUUGGUCUGGCAGUCGACUACUCAGCCCAUAUUGGACACAUGUUCAUGACAGUUGUCGGCACAAGGACGGCCAGGACAAAAGAAACAGUAGGCGAAAUGGGACCUCCAGUAUUUUAUGGCGGCUUCAGCACUUUCCUGGCCUUUGUUCUCCUCUCCAAUAGUAACAGCUACGUCUUUCAAACUUUCUUUAAGGUGAACUUUCUGGUGGUGGUGUAUGGUCUGUUCCAUGGGUUGAUCUUCUUGCCGGUGAUACUGAGCUGGUUUGGUCCCGAACCGUACCCUACAGCUGACCGUGUCUAUAGGCACCAUCAUGAACAUCACCCUGAUGUUGAAAAAGUUGAUGGGGUUGACAAUCGUGGAUUUUCCAAAAAUGGAGAAGGCUCAAAAGUAGGUGGAUACGAACUUCCUCCCCUGAGGAAUGCUCCAACAGGCGCAAACACAGCACAGGAAGUGACAGAUCUCAACGUUCAAAAUGGUAGAGACUCCAUGACUCCCCCUCCCUCAUAUACAUCAAAGAAUUCUGGAACACCUCCCCCUGACUACAGCCCAGAAGGAGGACGAAGACAUUUCAUGCCUUCCGUUCAGACUUGAGCGACUCUUUGGGCCCUAUAUUCUACCUGUUAUUUAUGAAAGGGAUCAAACUAUUGCCACUGCAAGAAAUUGCUCAAUCAGGUUUUUAUAUGGUUUCCAGUUCUGAAAAAGCAAAUACAAAUUUUUCAUAUGCUGACAGAAAUGACAUGGAAUACCGUACCUGAACAAAAGUUUGCGGCUUGUUUCUUAUGUUUUUAUUUUUAAAAGUGUCAAAAUGUGUCAAGCACUUGUAGAUUUCUGAUACAAUUUGAAUGUGUGUUAUACGGAAUCUUUAAUCCAAAGAAGGUGAAAUUGUCUUAUAAUGCUUGUUGUGUACAGCUAUUUCAAGCAGCAGUAGAAAUACAUCAUGACACAGAUGUAAGAAAAUAAAAAGUUAAGAAACAAAAAGAAGUGCUCUGUACCUAGCAAAUGUUAAGGCCUGUAAAAAUGUUACUUUCAGGGGAUGCUGUACCAGUCUCUGGAUCUCCAGCUCAGCAACAGGCUUAAAUUGCCGUGGAACGAAACUCUGGGUCCAGAAAACCCGCUGUUUGAGCUACAGAUCUGUUUUUGCUUGAGAUUCAAUAUCAGUUUUUGAGAGAGGUACUUAUUUUGAAUGUUUUUCUCCCACUGAGUAAAAAAGUUUUUAAAAAAGGAAUGCAAUGCUGUAAAUAGAUUUAACUUGUAUGCCAAAGUGAUUUUGACUUUGUGGGUUCUGAGAGUGAGUGCUUGAGUUUGUGUUGUAAAUGAAGACAUGUAAAAGUAAAUAUUUGUUACAGUUGUGUAAUCUCUAAUCAAGCAUAUUAUAGUAGGUUUUUUUUAAUGAAGCAUGUAUGGAAGUGUGAGAAAAGUGCUAAAACUCAAAGUAAACAGGAAUGACAGAUGGGCAUCAAACUGAGAAAAAAAAGCACAACUCUGGUAUCUGUGGGUCUAAAUUAGGUGGAGGAAGAAAUGAUAUAUAAUACAUUAGAAACAUUUUUAAAAAUUCUUUUCAAUGGACUUGAUGAGACGGUAAGCUACACGUUUAUUCAGACAGAACUAAAACUGUUAUCAGCUUUAAGAAAAAGGAAAACUAAUAAGAAUGGUGCCUUUUUCACUUUUAUAUCUAGCUCUGCUCCUUUGCUUGAAGACUGUACUGUAAAGGUCUUGUUUUAUCUCUGUUUUGUCAAACACUGUGAAUAUCCCCAUUUAUUUAUUCUGUUAGUCUCAUAAUGUUGUGUUGUUCUUGCUAGAAAGUAUGAGGCUCAAAGUUCUUAUCAUCAUUCAUCAAGUCGUUGGUCAUACAAAGAAGAGAAGAUGUUUGGAAUGGUUUUGUUAACAGUGAAAAGAAAUCGGUUUUAGAGGACUUUUUUCUAAUUCCACUCGUCAUGUUUAUUUAUUCUGUCAUGACACAGGUUAAAUAACGUAAGAAUAGAUCUAUUCUCUUAAUAAAGAGUUGUACUUAAAGCUUUCUGGACCAUAUUAACUGAUUCGGCCUGCAGAUAGUUUUGACUCCUGACACAAAUUAUUUGUAAUUACUUCGUGACUACAUGGGUGGUCUCACAAAAAGUUAAUAAAGAAAUAUUUAAAUUUGAUGAAACCCUUUGUUUGGCAUCUAGAUAUUUUCAAAAUAAAAAAUACUAUUUAAUUACACCAGAAAAGGGUUGAAAUAUAAGUGGUAAGGGAAAAAA